AUGGAUAAUAAACUUCGAUUAGCUCUCGUAGCCAGCACUUUGCAGUUCUGGCUGGCUUCUGCUGUCGAACAUCCUGCCCCGAUAUGCCCGACUGGGCUGGCUUAUGUUCAACUCCAGCCUGUCCACGUCCUUGUCGAGAAACCUGUUCAACUCAGCGCCUACAUUGCUUCCAACACGACCAUUACUGUGGAUGAAACUCUGACCAUUACUGUAACCGAUGCCCCGCUCGUGCUCGUCACAGAGCUCACCCAAUAUGAAACCAUUACCAGUCUUGCAAAGAGCUUGUGUAAUGAAAAGGGAGAAUGCUUAUCGGGCCCUGGUUCUACAGAGCUAGGUUUAUCACAUUCGACGUCCAACCCCUUGGUUCCUUAUUCCGGGAGGGACUCUUCAGCUUCUGCCCUUGCAUCUCCUACAAAAAGCUCCCUCAAGGGCAGUUCUGUGUCCAGCUCUAGCCCAGAACGAGUCAACACAUUUGUCUCGGGCAAUCCGACUCAGGAUACUACUGCAACAGCCUCUGCUCUUGAACCAGGUACUGAAACAGAGCAACAACCGCAUGAGCAGACAUCCCAAAGACGUUUGAGCGGCCAAUCCAGCAUUAAAAGCAGCGACAAUCUGGCUACUGCCGGGAGUGUAGCGGGAUUUAGCAAGGCUAAGACAUCGAUACCAACCGUCCCAUUCAGCGAAGACAGCACGAGUACAAGCUAUCCGCAGAGACAGGCUUCCAGCACCCCGUUUUCCUCUACAGAGGACUAUCGUUCCCAGAAAAACACCAAUACUGCAUUCGAGGGUUCUUCCACCUACUCAGGGCGGCGUUCAUCUUCCGGUCUCUCUCCCAGCAGCGCGCCUCAGUCUGAGCAGCCUGGACUAUCCAGCCUUCUUUCGACCCUUUCAAAGUCAACAAGUUUACCCUCAACUCUUCCAGAAAACGGAGCACAGACCUCAACAAGUCUGUCACCUGCAGCACAUCCGUCCUUCUCAACCAAUGCAUCACUCGAUAUACAACGUUCAAAGACUGAGACGGCAACAGGCUAUGCUAGCGAACCGCCUUCUUCGUUGACAUCCACUCAGUAUACUACUUUCCCUCACAAAUAUGUAGGGCCAGAGCCUUCAGCGGGUGUCCCUCAGCAGACUUUGGGAACGUCUUUCGAGCAUGCACAGCCAGAGAGUGCUUCAUUUUCAACAUUACUUGCCUCAACAUUGACCUCUACUGCUGCACUUGAAGUGUCGUCAGCAUCUGAGAGUGGCAGUACAUUAGAUUAUGUCCUUGCAUGGACCUCUUCAGAGGAGCUUGAGCUUCCUAUAACUUCUGGACAAACAAAUCUAUAUGACUCCUCCAUCCAAAACAGCAUGGGCCCAACUAUACCAUCCACAGCCGAGCCGCUGACGUCGAGUGCUGUUUAUUCAACCGAUGCAGAGCUUACAUCGAUUUCCAGCACAACACAGAGUUAUCUGAGUUCAUUCCGCCAGUCUGAGCAGAGCUCUCCAGCGGCAGAAGACAAGGUCGAGUCUUCAACGCUAAAGGCAUCUGAGCCCCUGAACUUGCAAAGACUGAAGGGGUCCUCAACAACCUCAGCAUCGCUCUUGGCUUCUACAUCAUCAGAGAUAUCCAAGGUUUCAACAACAAGAAACGCACCCGAAUCAACCACAGCUUUGACUGACCUCGAGUCUUUGACAUCGCCUGAGCCUGCAAAGACAUCAACUGGUGUCAGGUGGCCAGCAAUGCAAUCCUUGGAGGCAUCAAACACGACAUCGCUAGGCACCUCAACGUCAACAUUGCGAUUUUUGGUUACUACUGAGCCCCUUGAAUCUACGAUAGAAGAGACUUCCAAGACCGAGAGUGAGCUUGAGUCUUCAGCGACCUCAGAGUGCGCACACGAAGAAUCGUCAACAGCAGGCUCCUCGGUCCCAACUUCAUCUACGUCCGAGUCAGGUGAUACAGAGUCAUCAGCCUCUGAGUCAACCACCUCGGGACCGGAAACUUCAGAGUCAUCAACAGCAGAAUCAUCAACUGUAGAGCUUUCAACAGCAGAAUGGUCAACUGCGGGUCCUUUGGCCACAAGUUCAUCUACCUCUGAGUCGGCUAGUAUGGAGUCAUUAGCCUUUGAGUCAACAGCCUCUGAGCCGGCCAUCUCGGGAUCAGAAACCUCAGAAUCAUCAACAGCGGAAUCAUCGACUGCAGGUCCCUUGACCGCAAGUUCAUCUACCCCCGAGUCGGUCAGUAUGGAGUCAUCAGUCUCUGAAUCAACAGCCUCUCGGCCGAUCAUCUCAGGACCGGAAACCUCAGAAUCAUCAUCAGCAGAAUCAUCAAUGCUAUCAGAGACAGCGGCGCCAACGCCAGCAAAACUACCAACCGCAUCCUCAUUGACCCCGGAAUCGUCAACUAUAGAGCCAUCAACCUCUACAUCUACCAUCUUAGAGUCAAGUGUCCUCUGGCCGACAACUGCGGAGUCUUCAACUACAGCUAUAACCAACUUGGAUUCGACCACGUUAGAGUCGGCUACGGCAGAAUCGUCGGCCCUCGCGUCAGAAACCACACAAUCAAGCAUCCCAGAGCCGCCGGCUACAAGCCUAUCAACGGAUGAGUCCUUGCCAACGGAAUCGUCCACCUCAAUCCCAAUGACCCCUGAAUCGAAGAUAUCCUCUACAUCAACGGCAUCUAUGCAUGAAACAACGCCGGCUGCUCGUGUGCCCGAGACAGUCAUGUCUUCAGAUAUCUCAAAGACUUCGUCUCCCUCGAAAAAGAUCGAGUCUUCAGUCGCUUCAGAGCCGUUGUGGUACUCAACCUCGCAAGUGACCACAAUCUUGAGUUCCUCAAAGCCAUCUGAGACAACAUCUACGACCGAGAUCCCCAUGUCUCAAUCGACGACGGCCGACCUUGGACCCGAUUCCCAAACUGAUGCGCAAACCACAGCGCUGACGACCACAUCUCUUGAAAGUUCAUCAAUCACUGACCUUCAAACAACAACCAAUCCUGAAGUCUCGACGACAACAUCUUCGGCUGCAAACAUUGCUACAUCUGAGGUUGGAUGCAUUUCCGACGCAGAUUGCAACCAGGAUGAGGUUUGCGACACAGAUUCGAGACAGUGCAUAGUCUCCAAGCCUGACCAGUCUUGCGGUAACGCGGGACUAGAGUAUGCAGUGUACGACAACCCUUAUUACAACAGUGAUAUUCUUGACUACGCCGACUUUGAUGUAACUCACUUUCACGGAGCUACACCUCUAUUUGAGGGCAUAACAGACCGCGUGGGGAUUGCCCAAGGCCAGAAUCCUUACUAUCCUCCUAUCAAGGUGUACGAUGACUCUGAGGUGAUGUUCUUGCAGUACAAGGCCAUCAGCCACGUGGCACUGCUCUAUGCACCAUAUUCCGGCGACUAUGAGAUCUCGGUGCCCGUUUCGGACGAAAUCACUCUCGUGUGGGUGGGCGACAAGGCUAUUUCCGACUGGACCAGAGAAAACGCCGAUGUCGAGCAGCGUUAUCACUACGAGACGAGGGAACCACAGGUUGUGCGAAUUCACCUAGAGGCUGGGUCUUACAACAAUCUCCGAAUCCUCUGGGCAAACGGACAGGGCGAAUUUUCCUUCAUUCUGUCUAUCAAAGCGCCCAAUGGCGAUGUUAUUGUAGACGGGACCGAGUCCAAUACGGACUAUCUCGUCAAGUUCCCGUGUGGAGAUAAGGCAGUGCUUUAA